GCACUGCUUUGUUAUCUGUGGUUGCUUUUCCCUCAGAAGAUUUCUAUAUGGGCUCUCACCAUGUGAUUAACAACAUAACGAAGAAGGAGCAGAAGGGACUCUUUUACGUAGCGCUGUUGACCAUCUGCCUUGGCACGGGAGGAGUAAGAGCCAUCGUUUGUCCACUGGGUGCUUACAGCCUCCGAGAGUCUGGAUCAAAGAAACAAAUGUCCUUUUUUAACUGGAAUCCUAAUCGGCUCAUGCACUGUAAGAAAAAUAGUUUAGAGAAUCCAUUUCUCAAGGAGAAGACAAGGGCUGACUUUCUCUCCAUGCCAAUUCCUUCAGGAUAUUAUCUGCAGACCAUGAAUUCCAACCUAAAUUUGAACGGAUUUCUUCUGCCGAUUGCAGUAAUGAAUGUGAUCAGCAUCCUACCAUUAUUAAUCCUGGCUCCUUUUAUGGAGUAUUUCAGCACCUGCCUAUUUCCCUCUAAAAGAGAUGGACCACUUCUGUUGGCAUGCAUUAUUGCUGGAAAUCUUUCUGCUGCAUUGUCUGUGAUGGUAGCUGGCUUCUUUGAAAUACACAGAAAAGACUUUCCUCCAAUGGAGCAAACUCUUUCAGGCAAAGUUCUGCUUGUUUCCUCCAUGCCCUGUUUCCACCUGGCUCUCCAGUACAUUUUACUUGGUGUGGCUGAAACACUGGUAAAUCCAACCUUAUCUGUACUAUCAUACAGAUUUGUUCCAAGCAGCAUCAGAGGAACCUCUAUGAAUUUUUUGUCACUGUUCAAUGGAUUUGGUUGUUUCAUGGGAGCGGUGCUGGUGGAGUUGGUAUAUCUCAUCUCAGAAGGCAAUUGGUUUCCAAACACAUUAAACAAAGGCAAUUUAGAAAGCUUCUUCUUCUUCCUGGCAUCAUUAACGUUGCUGAACGUCCUGGGAUUCUGGAGUGUUUCACAAAGAUAUUGUAAUCUAAAUCAUUGUAAUGCCCAGAACAUCAGUGGAAGUAAUCUUGAAGAAACACUUCUCCUCCAAGAAAAGUCUCUGAAAUUUUAUGGCAGUAUACAGGAAUUUUCUUCAAGUAUUGAUCUUUGGGAGACAGCCCUAUGA